AUGGAUCGAAUUGAGCAGGCCGAGGAUACCGCUGACAGCAGUGCCAAUUCAAACCUCCAGCCUCCGCAAGAGGCUUUCCCCUCCCUGCCGGAGGAGACCGCAUCGCAGCAGCAGCCGGCAACGAGGGUCCGUUCCGCGCGGCAACGGCCUCGACAGCCCAGUAUUCGACUACGCCGUCUGUCUUCGCUCUCCUCCAUUGACCAGCAAGCUGCCAUCGAAAACGCACAGGCUGCCGCUCCAAGUGCUCUCGCGGGAUCGACUGCAGAGGAACCUCUGCCUGGCACCCAAAAUGUCGAUGACGAUGCAUGGCAAGCGAACCGCCGUCGUAGCAAUUCGGAGCCGCGCCCCGGUCGCUAUUCGGCGUCUCCUCUCGUCAUACCCCCCGCUGUUAGGACGAAAUCGUCGCAGCAGUACAUGUCGCCCGUGAAGGAAGAGACUGGUCGGCCGUCUAUAGACUUCAAUACCGCCGAGCGCCUAGCACCAGAGUCGCGCCUAGCACCAGAGUCAGAAGCCUUGCCUCCUGCCCCCGACGACCGAUCGACAGCAGAAUCGCAACGGCCUGGAACGAGUCAAGGUAGGACACGGAUGCUUCGACGCGCAAGUAACGCGGCUUUGUCUGCUUUUGGUCGGAAUCGCGCUUCCACCGUUAGUGGAGCGGACCUUCCUCAGCGCUCUCUUGCCCGUGAUGAAUAUGACUCCCGAAUAGUUGAUCUUUUGGACGUGAUUGAUCCGGAGGUUGCAACGCUUUCCACUUUGACCAAUGUUCAGAACUCUCUCUUUAUUCCUGAUCUCGGAAGCCUACUCAAUCGCAUGCCAACAUAUACUCUUACCCGACGACCUGCUGAUAUCCCCGAAGGCCAACCGCCUGAACGGAGGACUGAAGAAGAAAGGAUUGCCGAAGAAGGCGCAGGAAAAGACUAUUUUGAGCCUCAUCCGACUCGCCCGCUCACAGUUAGCUCUGUAACCUCCGUUCUAGGCGAAAGCCACUUUGCCAUACUACCAGAAGGUGUUACUUUGAGCGGCUGGAGCAAGCAGGAUGUCGAGGAGCUCAACGACCAUGUACGCCAUAUGCUUCAUUCGCGCCGGUCGAAAUUCAAACGAGCUAUGAGGGGGUUUGGGCAGUAUGUUCGGAAACCUCUUGGAUUUUUUGUGACUUUGUAUGCCACCUUGAUCACUCUCUUCGGUCUUGCUUGGGUUCUUUUCUUGAUUGGCUGGAUCAACGUCGGCGGACGACAAUUAUACAUUAUCAAUGUCAUCGAUAACGUCCUUGUGGCUCUGUUUGCUGUUAUGGGAGAUGGGCUGGCCCCAUUUCGAGCUGUCGACACUUAUCAUAUGAUCUUCAUCGCUCACUAUCAUCAUUUGACGUGGAAGCUCCGAAAAAAGCGUACUCUUCCAAAGUUGCAAGACAAGAACGACUUGCCAAUACGCCGCGCAGAGGAUGGCGAUGCCGAGGCCGAUGUUGAGAAGAGCGCAGAAGAAGAAGACCGGGGUGCAGAGUAUUCAGUUCUCAGCCCUCUCCAACAAUACAGGCUGGACCACCACCAGAAAAAAUUCGCAAGAUCACAUACUUUCUACAAACCCCACGAGACCUCUACUCACCACGCCUUCCCCCUGCGAAUUCUUGUCGCCAUCGUUGUGCUGUUAGAUUGUCAUUCCCUGUUCCAAAUCGCCCUUGGAGCGUGUACAUGGGGCAUCAGCUACCACGUUCGCCCAUUUGCAUUGACUACCGUCAUUCUGUGCUGCUCCAUCACAUGCAACAUCACCGGCGGUGUCUUGAUUUCCGUCGGAGAUCGUAUGAGCCGGAAGAAAGAUGUCAUCGAACGUAUGUUCCGCCAGGGCCUCACGAGCGAGGCCAUGAAAAAAGUGGAAAAACGGAAACGAAGAGAAGAGGAGCAGCACCAAGAAGAAAACGAGCCUGACCCUUAUGCAGGAACUUGA